AUGUCUUCUCAACAACAAUCACAUCAACGAGUAUUCUUAGUUACUGGAGCUAAUAUGGAUUUGAAGUUUCGUGGUCAGAAACGUGGCGAAGAUGCUCUAGCUCAACUUGGUUCACCUUUAAAUGUCAAAGUCUUCCUGGAUGAUGCAUCAUCUUUAGAAAGUAUUGAACAGGCAAAACAGGAAAUUCAAAAGAAAUGUGUUGGUGCGAUGUCACUUUUAUUAAGAAGCAGUGGACGUAUUGUUAAUGUUAGUAAUGAAGUAGGGGCAAUGUCAAUGAAACAUUGUUCACAAGACUUAAAAACAAGAUUUCCUGCCCUUGAAGAUUUCUAUUUAUUAUACGAUUGCGCACCAAAAGUAGGUGUCAGUAUUCUAACUCGUCUGAAAGCACGUGACUGGGAUAAAAAAUAUUUAACGAAAAAUGUAACCAUCAAUGGAGUCUGUCCAGGAUUUUGUGCAACUGAUCUAAAUAACAAAGCACAGGGUACACGAUCAUCUAAACUGAGCGAUGACUCUAUUUUCGAUGGUAUUUACACUGAGAAUCUUGAGAAUGGACAAUUUUGGAGAGAUAAAAGUCGUUUACCAUUGGAAUCAGAGGAAUCACAUACCCGAGUCUUACCAAACGUGAUUCUUAACUUAAAAAACCAAGAACAAUUUCAACAAAUUGAGUGUGUGAGGGUGAACUAA